UGACAACCACCGGCCGAAGGAGCAGCGUGCUUCUCAGGUGUCCUCUUCCUCGGGUCAAGGAAUUCAUUGUUUAGUUUGGAUGUGAUGCAAAUGUGCUAGAUUGGAGCGUGAUUUCGUGUCGGUACAGCCUGCACCUGUUCCUUCUUUUCAAUGUGUGUCUCCUGAAGUCGUUUUAUUCGACGGCGGUCAGCUUCUGGGCCGUGUUCAGCAGACGUCUGCGGUGUUGCACGACCAUGGGUUACGAUCUUUGCCGUUUUCAAGGCGACGUUGAUGAAGAGUUGAUCUGCCCAGUCUGCUCUGGUGUUCUGGAGGAACCCCUUCAGGCACCGCAGUGUGAGCAUGCCUUCUGCCAGGGCUGCAUCUGCCAAUGGUUGUCGCGCCAGCAGACAUGUCCUGUUGACCGGCAGUCCAUCACUGCAGCACAGCUUAAGCCCGUGCCGCGCAUUCUGCGAAACUUGCUGUCCAGGUUACAGAUGUCGUGCGACAAUGCCCAGUUUGGCUGCAGUGCCAUUGUCAAGCUUGACUGCCUGACAUCGCACCGAGAGACUUGUGAGCACAAUCCCCGGCGGCCAGUGCCAUGCGAGCAGGGCUGUGGCCUUGUCAUUCCAAAAGAUGAACUGAAGGAUCACAACUGUGUGAAGGAGCUUCGAUCACUGGUGCAGUCACAACAACAAAGGCUCAAUGAGUUCCAACUGGAGAUCAGAGAACAGUGGCGAGAGAUCAACUUGCUCAAGGAUUACAUCAGAUCAAUGCGGACAGUCAGCUCUCCCCUGCCUCCUGCUUUGGACUCCCUUGUUGAGCAAGAUGAAGUCAUGGGGUGGGCAGCCAAGCUGCAACGAGCGAGAGUUACACGUUGGGGCAGCAUGAUUUCAACGCCAGAUGCAAUGCUUCAAGCCAUGGUUAAGCGUGCCCUGACCGAGAGUGGCUGCCCCCAGCACAUCCUGCAGGUGCUAAUUGAGAAUGCUCAUGAACGCCGCUGGCCCCCAGGCUUGAGCACACUUGAGACGCGCCAGAUGAAUCGACGCCACUACGAGGCCUACGUCUGCAAGCGCAUCCCGGGCAAGCAGGCUGUUGUCGUGGUAGCAUGUGAGAAUCAGCACAUGAAUGACGAUAUGGUGCUUGAGCCGGGGCUAGUCAUGAUCUUUGCCCAUGGCAUUGAGUGAACAUGUUAUGGGUGCGAAGAGUGUUGUCUUGCGUGUGGUUGGUAUGGCCCUCAUAAAUUUAGCAGCUGAGGUGCUGGCCAAUUGAAUAAGUGAACCACUGGUGAGUGAAUUUGCUGUUGGUAAUGUUACCAUAAAGAGGGCUCAGCCUCGCAGCUGGCCACUUUCAGCUACUGCCUUAUUUUUGUGGGAUUUCACAAGCAGAAGCAACAUGAGCUUCAGUACCUAAAUGCAUGGCAAAUACAUGUUCAUUUUAUUGGAACAAGCAGAAUCUAAAGACAGAAUGCUGGGGUAGGGCUUUCGACUGCCAGUCUAGGUAGCUCAUGUUACUCCGCAAGAGUGCAGUCUGUCAAGAGAUGCGAAGCUUGUUAGCCUUGAGUCGGAAGCAGUGUAUUCAUGGUUUUACCAUGAUGUGAUUGGCUGUGUAAUGUGUGAACAGCUCUUCAAGGGGCACUGCAACAUUUUUUGACGUGGUAAAUACUAUAUGGGUGACAGUGCUGCCGUGAACAUCUAAGCCUAAUAUUACUCAUUUGUGCACAGCAAAGACUGCACAAUAGAGCUUUAAAGUUCAGUCAAGCUUUUUUUUUUGGCUUCUUAAGAUCCCACUAGCUUACACAAUGGCACAGUGUAGUCACUGCAACUACCGGGCACAUUUGGAUUACAUCAUGAAAAACAAUUUUCUUGACCAAAAGCGAGAAAGUCCUAAAACAUGCCAUUCUUUAUAUGAGCUUGCUCUUUCAAAAAAUAUGCAGAUCCCAUGCACUGUGGGAAUCAAUGUAAGCAAAGCUUUCUAUGCUGUUUGCUUUGAUUGACGAUAAUUAGACAUGAUGUUGACGGCUAAUGUACAAUUUCUUCAGCAUUUAGUCUUAUAUGAGAGUGGUGAGUUGAUGUUAAAUGUUACCUUGCGUAAACCACUGCUGUUUGUCUUUGAGGUGCACAGAACACACAGGGAGACAUGUUUGCUUGAGGCAUUGUUGUGUGCCAUUGUUUGUAAUCUUUGAAAGGGUUACUUCUAAUGGCAUCGCAAUUGAAUUAUGGGGCUGUACUUGCCAAAACCACGAUCAGAUUAUGAGGCACACCAUAGUGGCAGACUCCAGAUUAAUUUUGACACCUUGUGUUCUUUAACGUGCACCUAAAUAUCAGUACACUAGCGUUGUUGUAUUUCACUCGUGGUGAAAUGCAUUGCCACGGUCAGGAUUGAAUCUGCAACCUCAAGCAAUGCCGUAGCUGUCAAGCUGCUGCAGUAUAAGCAGAAGUGUCGAUUGGACAUGCGACCGCUUCCGUAGUGUUGCCUAGACCCUACAGUGUUCUAACACGAGAGUGGUAAGGGCCCCGUGUCACAGAAAAUCAGGUGCCGGCGCUGAUGUCCGUAUACAAAAAAUCAUCUGGAACCAUGCAUCCUGAUCCAUGCAGGCCCUCCGCAUGGUGCGUAGGCAUUACUGAACUAAUUGAAUUUCUCGAAGUGCGUCUGAAAAUUCAUAAAGUACAACUUAUACACAACCUACAGACAUGAUAGUGUCGGAUUGUAAAUUGAAUGUAUGUGAAAGCACAAUUCUGUUACGAGGAAACUCACUCAAACACAAACACAAGGUCUGUCUGAGUUGGAGCGGUGUGCCCCGCUCGGUUCCUUGCAACACCAUCCAGAUUGCGUUCACCGCCACGCAUCUGCAUCAACGGUGCCGCCCGCAGUGGGGGGAAACAAAAAAAAGAACCAGAAAGCUCAUCUUCAUGCAUAGCAUUUGCCGCCAGCAUUUCCAGGAAAACAUUAUGGUUACAUAAGCAGCAGUUGCCAGCAAGUGUGAGAAGUAGUCGGGGAUCUUUGAGUGCUAUCACGUUCCACUCAUAAAGGCGAAGCUUAAGCAUCCUCCAACUUUUAAUGCAGCUUUGUCUGCAUGCCCUGCGUCGUUUAUCCGCUUGACGAAAUUGCAUGGUGUUUAUUUUUAAGAAGUAGCAGGAGUGUACCGUAGCCUACCUUCACUUUGCCCGCAACCGCUGUUUCCUUGCCUUCUCACGUCAUCUUUUCCCUCUGCCGCCCUCUUCUCCUGUAUGGGAACUGUGAGAGUGGCCAGGCUGUUAUUCACUCAUUUUGAGACUGCGUCGAUUCUACCCGUUCUCUGCCUCCUAGCCCCUUUCUCUCUACAAUUCUAUGCAUGUCUCCUCUGGACUUGAACGAUAGUAGAAGGGUAAGCGCUGCAGUUUCUGCAACAGUGUGUCGGAAAAGAACAAAAAUAAAAAUACGAAACCAAAUAUUUUUGCCUGUAACCAAAAUGUAAGCAAAAUGCAAUUUAUUUUGUUUGGGGUGAAACGGAAAUAUUUUUGAUUGGUUUUCAGUUCAAGAAGAAAGUCGGCAGUAUGAAACAAGCAACGUCAGGUAACGUCAGAAUGAUUAAUUCUGAUUAGAAUUAGUGCAUAUCCCAGGGGUCUGCAAAAGCUCGGAUUUCGGGCAGGGAUAGUGCGAGUGAUAGCUGGUGGUCUAGUGCUUCACUAAUCUAAGCUCGGUGCACUAGCAGAUCAGCAUUGUUGCAAAACCCAGAGCUUGUGCACUGAAGAGCUUAUUUCAUUUUCUACAGGUACAACGCUUCGUUACCAAAGCUUUAUCGUUCGUUUAUGUUCAUUUAAGUUUGUUUUAUUGGAACAGCGGUCUUGCAUUUCUGCUGGUACACUCCGACGCUGCUUCUGAGUCAUGCUCAGUGUCUUGACUCAAGGCACUGAGUAUGAUGUUAGAAUUCAUAGUUCACUUAAUGAGAAAAAUAAAUACUAUGUAUUUGUCGUUUAUUUGCUUCGAAAUUUUUUGUACGUGAACCAAAACUGUUGUGAGCCGUUACAAAUCUUUCUUUUUUUCCCAUUCUGGAGCAGAACCGGAAGGGAACUUUAUUCAGUGAGAUGAACUAAAACCAGAACGAAAAACAUUUCGUUCUGACACCCUUUUCUGCAGCGCUUUUGAGGUCAGUCACGAAUAAUUACAGCUGUCAAGAGGGUGAUGUGGGGACACCCAGGGAGUCCAGAGGGCAUUCUGCACAUGCCACGCGAUGGAAAGGUCAAAACAAGUUUCUUGCAUUGACUUUCCUUUCUUCAAUGCUCCUGCCAUGUAUAUACUACACGCUCUGAGGCACCCCUGAUAGGGCAUGCAAGACAACAGCAGCAGCAGCAGCGCAAAAGUCGAAGGAAAGGGCAAAGAAAGCUUUGCUUUAAAAAAUAAAAUACCAUUGCUUCGAAGAGCAUAGUAAAAAAUUUUAGUUCUGAAUUUCUGGUCUUCAGUAACUGUUGCCUGCUUGAGCUAUAUACCACUUCAUCAGCAGUGCAAGAGUUUUUCAUUGCUAAAUUUUGUUGAAUGCCAAAAUGACAUUUGUGUGCUUUGGUGUACCUUUGCAUUGUAAUUCUUUCAAGUACGUGUUAUCACCUGAAUGCAAGCAAAUGUUGUUGUUAAUUAUUCAAGGUUUGUUGUUUUAAGAUGUGCAGCUUGAAAGCUGGUAGUCUUGUUGCAAUUAGUGUACAAGUUCAGUAGAACGUGCUUGGAAGAACUAUAAAGGCAGACACAUUGAAAUAUAAAGGUCCUCCAUCCAAUGAUGCAAGGCACUGAACUCUGGCAAAUGCCAUGGAGUGCAUCAGGCAGCGUUUGUGUGGCAGUUCGCAAUGCCAAUCAUUUGAACCUUCUAAAAGAUAGGACAGUAUGUAAUGUUAUGAGAAAUUCAUGCCUGCAUUAUUGUUUGUUGGUGUGCACAGCUAGACGGAGUCCAUGGCUCAUAGCAAGCAUAUAAUUGCAUGCACUCUCGCAUUUGAGUGCAUCAUUAGAAAAUUAUAGCUUGUUUGUAAAUGAAGUACCCUUUACGGAAUGCAAAGUUACUGAAGUGGUGGAUGACAGUAGCAAUAGUGCUAGCGACAUCUUGUGACGCUUUGUCUCCAAUUAUAACAUACCUGAGCCAUUCUUGUGUGGCGCGAGUAUCUUUGUCAAAUCAAGUUAAUAAAGGACUCAAUGAUUAUUUCACUCCCAACGCUUUAAAACAGCAGUUAAGCAGCAUAUGGUAAGCCGCUCUGGCAAUAGCUCCAUAUCCUUUGGUUGAAGUCUGCUUCACAAGAUGGCACCAUUAACACAGGUGCUCAUGUAAACGUCUAUGGUCAAGCUAAAACUCUUCUGUACAGCCAUGCAAAAUGUGUGCUGUUAUCCGUUCAGCUGAUGAAGGACAUUUGCGAUUGAACUAGGAAAUGUGGCAUCUCAAGAUCGCAGCAUGUUCCACUAUUAUAUGCUACCUUUGGCUGCUUGUGCUGGAGCACUUUGACAGCGCAAUACAUUCAGUUGGCCAAAAUUGAAUGCCUUAAACAUAUUUGGCUAGUUCUUUCAGAGCACUGCACUCCAGCUUGGAGGCACUCUCACUUUCAACCUGGGAGUAUGGCAGAUCUGGUAGAGUUCCAGUCACGUGGCUCUUGCAGCUUUUUUGUUGGCAUCAUUCCUUGGUGACAUCAUUCCAUCAUGGCAGCAUUCCUUGGUGCCAGCGUGCCUUUUUUGUUUACAACAGAGGACGGUGUUUCCUCUUCCAACCUCUGGUUGCUCUGGCAAGCGUCUACACGUUUGGCUUGGUCAUGCUGCCUCUGGCUCCGAUAAAGAGAGGGCUCCGCAUCAUUGCUAUCCGAGUCAGUACAUGGUAGGGACCAGCCAAAUGAGGUACCAAUAGACUCCCUCCACUUGCUAUGUUGUGUCAGCUCUGUAUAUUUUGGCAUUGGUUCUGCAUUACUGGUGUGAGCAUACAAAAUGUGCCUAUACACCAACUUGACUGUAAGCCAUGCAGGUGCCUCCUAGUUUAGCAAGUCAUUGGUGGCAGAACCAGAAAGAAGUCUUGGCCGUGAUAUUAUGAAUGAAUAAAAGCAAGUUUGUCCUGUAAACGUGCUUUUAUUACAGCUGGAAAAAAAUAUACAUUUUAUUACUGUUCCAAAAAGAAUAACGCAUUAGUUCCAACUCUCUUGCUUUUCAAUUCUUCUGCAAUAAAAGCAAAUUGCAUCAUGGUGACGUGUUAAGGGUAGAGUGUUGAGGAACAUUACAGAGGGGUUGAAGGGUAAUCUCUGAUUGCCAAUAACUUCAUUUGUAUGGAAUGGAUUUGAAGCUUAUUGCUGGAGGGUACUUGUGAAGUGAUUCCCUUUAAUGUCAGAUACGUUCUACAACUUGGUUAAAAAUUGUUGCAGUGCCCCUUUAAGCCGGAUUCAAGUGUAUUGGAGUUUCUUAUAAGAUAGCAAGUUGAAGUCGGCCUCCUAUACUACAAGUAGCAAAGCUGCAUCCAUUGCAUAAUUUAACAAGUACAUGUACGAGGGACGUUCUAAAAGUAAGUUUCGUCAUUUUUUUUUUUAAAGGAGAAGGUACACCAGGUGAAACAAAUACAGUCGCCGACCGUUUAUUCGGACCUCACGGGGACUGCGAAAAUGUCCGAAUAAACAGGUGUCCGAAAAAGCAGAUUAAGAAAAAAAAAAAUGAAAUCCUUUAUUUCCACGCACUUAUUCGGGCUCGGCAGUAGGCUUGGAAGAAAUUGUGAAUGCGCCAUUGCACGCUGUUCCGUUUACGCGCAAUCAGAUAAGCCUGAAUCUCGGAGAGGGUCGUACGGUCACUAUUAGCUGAAAGCACAGUCACUGCUUGUACACGCUCCGCAUGCGACGACAGCGUAGCACAUGGUGCGUCAUCUUCCGACUCGGAGUCAUCGUCCGGCGGUGCAGCAGAAACCUGACGAAUGAUCUUGCCGUCGUCGAGUUCUGCGCAUGUCAAUACAGCAGUGUCAGUACCUAAAACUGUCAAAUGAGACGGUGUCCGGAAUCGCAAUGCAACCACUGCGCAGGUCUCGGCAGAACAUUUUCCGCGUCAGUUGGGAGCACAUCGGAAGGCGACAAGUCUUAGGCCUCCCGGCACCCGCUUGCCGGCAUUCCCCAGCGCAGUCUGCACGGGCACUGUCGGCGCCAUUAGACCCUUGACUCGAUGUUUACGUAUGCCGCAUUGGAUUACCGAAACCUCGACACAGCACACAAAGCAAACACCACCGUGCCGACACCAGUCGCACAAACGAAAAACGCGGCCCUCGCAGCGUCUUGCGCUAAAAAACAAAUCAGCUGCUGGAUUGUCUUGACAUGGCUUACUAAGCUGAAACCGGAACUGCUGCAGAGCCACUCUAUCGAACCAGGCAGAAACGAUGAUGAUGAGCGGGGAUUUCCAGUAGCGCCACUUCGUGGGGCAGCAAGAAAGCUCCGUUCAAAACAAAAAUGGCGUUCAGCAAGUCGAACCAUGCACCGGUCAGAGUCGGUGCAUGGUGCUCUCGACAGAGUUGGCUCAAAAAGUGUCCGAAAAAUCAGACGAGAGGUUGCAAGGUGUCCGAACUUUCGGCAGUUGUUAUACAUUAUGGUCUAUGGGGAGAAUGGCGGUGCCACGAAGCUGACCGAAUAAUCGGGCAUGUCCGAAUUUUUGGAGUCCGGAAAAUCGGUCGGCGACUGUAAUCGUCAUAAGAAUCCAUGCCCAUUGCUGGUUCAUCAACGAUGGAAGGAGUGUCAGUGGAGGAGGAAUGAUGCAUGCGCAGAUUGCUGAAGAAGAGAGAGCAGCAGCAGACCGGCAUGCCUGAGGUUAUUCAAGUACUAAUCACAAUAGCAGACAGACGUGUGCUGACAACGUGGUUGCCAAUGGAAGUGCAUGCUGUUAUCCGGUAUGAAUGGGCACCUGUUCCCUGCAUUGAAGGCCGCACUCUUGGGACGUCACUUCCAAAACAGUGCUGAGGUGGAGCAGGCUGUGCGACAAUUCCUUGCAUCGCAGGGCACUGAAUUUUACCAGAGUGGUUUCUUCAAACUGAUUGCACAAUAUGACAAAUGUCUCACUGUUGGUGGCAACUAUAUGGAAAAAUAGUGCAAGAUUCAUGAUGCCAUGGUGUGCUUGUUUUGUGCAAUAGUUUUUGUGUGAAAAUAAAUGACUAAACUUACUUUCAGAACGUCCGUCGUACUUCCAUGAUGUGACAAUGCAGGCAUUAACUUGCCCAUUAACUCACCCAUUAACUCACCCCUAAACACCUUGCAGCCAUUGCUAUGGGAAGUCUGUGCAAUGUGAUGGGGGCGAAAUACGAAAACACCAGUGUACUUAGAUUUAGGUGUACAUUAAAGAACCCCAGGUGGUUGAAAUUUCCAGUCCCCCACUACGGUGUGCCUCAUAAUCGGAAAGUGGUUUUGGCACAUAAAACCCCAUAAUUUAAGUCUCUGCUAUGCGUCUCCCACAUGGUCAUGUGCAUGAAAAUGGGACCAUUUUUAAUCUCGUGCCUAAAUUUUUUUCAACUGGUGUAAAUUUUUCCUUUUUAUUUUUUUAAGUGUUUCCUGAAUUGCUUAGUAAUUAAGGGUACUUUGCCAGGCUAUGUUUUUACCAGGGCACGUGAAGCUUCUCUGCCACCAUUUUUAUCAUGCUUUGCUCUUGAAAGUUAAUAUCUAUUCUGCCCACUUUUUGUGCUAGUGUUCUUUUAAAUGUUCCAGAAUAUUGGAAGACGGAAUGUUACCUUGCUGGCAUGUGUUUUUGCCUCUGUAUGGUGCAAGUAUUCGCAGGGUUUACUUGGCAGGCAUUUGUUGUUCUUCAGUCUGACUUUUCCUCACUUAGAAAUAGUAUGUGUGCUCCGUUUUGGGGCAGAAGAUUGGAAGUCGGAGGCUGUUCUUAUACUCUUGUGCAGACACCAGUUGUGAAGCCAACCACGAUGCCUUCAGUGGUGUAGCGGGUCUGUAGCAAGAAGUACUGACCUUUAAAGGUGGGCUGUUGUGACCUGUAUCCUACAAGGCUAGUGUUGCUAGAAGGUUUGCCGUAAUCUGUGGUGCUAAGGGGACUAACAAGAAAAUUUACUUAGACUGUACUAUAAGUAAAUUACCCUACUACAGUACCAAAAAAGCCACUUUUACUGUUAGUGGAGGCUUGGAAAGCUAGAAAAGACACUGAAACGAAAGGUGUUCCUGCACCAGCUCGGUGCGUCAUCAUAGAUUUUGAAGACAUCUGCAUGGUUUAGUUUCUUUAUCUGUAAGGAUGGACCGCAUAGUAUUCUAAAAAAGUCAAAGACUGAACUUGAAAAGUUUCAACAACUUCUGCUGAACCACAAUGACCCACAUGAAAAAAAAAAAAAAACCUUGUAAUCCUUGUUGUUACACUGGCAUAUAAGCACUGGAGUUAUGGCACAAAGAAAUGAAACUUCGACAUUCUUUUUCUUCUCCUAGUAAUCAGCUUAUUGCAGUUGAGCCUUGUUAUAACGAAGUCGCAUUGGCCAUGAAAAUAUCUUCGUUAUAUCUAACAUUUGUUGUAAGUAUACAUGGAGAUAUCAGCGGAAAAAAAUGUGAUCAGGUGUAUGCAAAAGAAACGCAAACAGAGUGCCUCUGAUGGGCCAACAAAGUGUCUCCUGCAGAUUUUGAUGGCUCUAUGGCAGCAUCUUGCGCUGUGCCAAUACAAGGCGUGGGAAUAACGAUACGCUACUACGCACUGCUGCUAAAACACAACUGAGUGAUUGGUGUCAUCGCGCUGAAUCAGUACAUGGGCUUAUCAACUACGAGUCGCUGCUGCCAAACUUGUUAUAUACAUAGGGUACUGCAUGUGGAUCCGCACUCCGCUGCUACCGCAAUCAAUCUAGCAUGUACGUCUGAUCUCACUCUCAAUCGCUGAUAAAGUCUACGAGUGCAUAUUGACAGAAAGCUUCGCAUGUUGGCUUGUCACCAGCCACCCUGCCAGCCACAUUGAUUAGGCCACUAAGCCUAACCGGUGCCGCUUUGUUGGGAGUAUGCAACCAAAAUUGCUGUUUUGUGCUUACUUGACAAGGCAGCGACUGUAUUCAUGGCUGCCAUAUGUGCAGCAUUGCGCACACGACUCAUGCUCUAAACACCAUGCAGGUUCUAACAUUUUUGGUUAUUGCUGUUAUAGAUUGGGGCUAUGAGUGGCGAUGCCGCAGGGAAGUCUGAAUAAUGACCACAGGUCAAAAAAAUUGGCGCAUCUAGAAAGUCUGUCACUGACUGUAUUAGAAAGUUUUGUUGCCAAAAUACAUAUUUUUAAGGAUGGUGCAAACAAAAAUUUGAUUUGCUAUAACUGAUACUGCGUUGGAUUUCAUGAUAACAGAAAAGUACUCCAUGGAAUUGAAGCAUGACCAACCAAAUUUUAUAUUUACUUCCUUAUCUCCAAUAAUAUGUUAAAUCCUUGUCUGUAUAUUGAGGCUCUACUGUACCUCGAAAUUAACAAAAAUACAGUUUUGAGAGAAUAUUUUAUCAAUUGAAUCUGAUUGAGUGUUUCAACUUGGUGUUCCUUUAAUAAUGCCUUUCAUUCUUGGUAUGGUUUCUCUGCCAUAUUUGCAGAGUUAAUGUUGUUACAGCUGCCGACUGAUUAUUCAGGCUUCCCUGUGGCACAACUGCCUACUCCAUAGACGUAUAAGCAACUGUCAUGGACAUUUUGGAAGCCAUUUGCUUUUUGUUGGCAAGUCGGCCUCUUGGCCUUCCACAUGCUGUUUGACCUCUGUGAAGCAAUUGUUGUCAAGUCUGCACCAAACUCACUGGUUGAGCUGAGUGGUCCUGGUGAGUGGCCCUGGCGAAAAUUGACAAUCAGCUGGCAUGGUGGCAAGUGGAAAGCUAUCAUGAUCAUAAUCAGUCAUUCAGACUUGGAUCACACACAAGGGUUAUACUGAUGGCUGUUAGGCAAUAUUCAGGGCCAUGUGUGUUCGGCCGGCAACUGUCAUAAACACCUACCGACUUUGUGUGUUCACUUGAUGGAAUCCUGAAAGCUAGCAUGUAGGCAGAAAGUGCCAGCAUCAUGCUCUCAAGGUAAUAGGCAGCACACAUUUCACAGCAAAUGCAAGACAGUCCUAGGCAGACUGCAACCUGAUCGUCAUGAAAGUUAAAGUAGAUAUUAUUUAAUUGAAAGAAACCAGUGACCAAAUGUGUUUGAAGUUUUCUGCACACUGCUGUAAAAAAAAAAAAAAGUUCUUACUCAUAUUUUGGAUUGUACAGUAAUUUGGACUUUUCCAUGGUGGCCCCCUGUGUUUCUGAAAAAUAGGUUGGCGUCUCUUAAUGCUAUAUUGUGUAAGUCGGCAUCAGGGACGUCUUGGCUUGGCUCAAAUGUGCACUCAAGAAAAUGUGUAGGGCGGCAACUGAGUUUGUUCACACAUUAAACUUUAGCUAUAUUUUACUUAGGAAUGCGAAAACUUAUAAGUUUGCUUUCAUUUUAUUAUCUUAUAAAUUUUAAUUUAAGUUGAAUAAGCAUAUAUAUUGUUAUGGGUGGCAAGCAGUGUUCAGCAUAUGUGCCUGCUUAUAAAUUGAUACAAAAAACUUGGUGGCAUAUAAUGUUUUGCUGAAUAAGAUUCAUAUAUGCCACACUCAGUAAAUUCUGGGCUGCUGUACAAGAAAAGAUUUGCGUGCUUCGCCACGUUGUUCAGGAUGAGCUAGUACCAAAAAAAAAUUUUAUAGUAAACAAAACCUCAUGGUUUAUGAAUGAAGCACUUCAUAUGAACUGGGAGCCCAUGAAUGCAGGGCCAGUAUUGGCAACCUGCAUGCAUUUUUGGCAUAUCUAUGUCCUGGCCAGCAUGCAGGGUAAGCAGUGCAGCAAGUGCCUGCUUGUUUUUCACCAACAUCUUGAUAACUGCAACUUGAAAAGAGCAAAGCCUGUGACCAGGUACCAACAAUCCAAUAUUAUGUCAAAUGUGCAUUGUAACACAGCCCCUCCGUGUAAGCAUUAUGAGCUCAGUCAGUCCGGUAAUAGCAGUGGUGCUUCGACAGCCUUUUGUACCAAUUUGGACAGUCGAAUAUAUUUUAAAGGGCCCCAGAAACGGUUCGGGCAAAUUUUGUAGACACGUAGGGUACAGCUAAAUUUAAUCAUUCGCACCACAAUAUGUGUGAAUUGUCUCAUAUUUAAGAGAGCUAUGAACGAUUACAAGUUGCCCUACUCCAUAUCCAUACAUUUUCUCCUCAACUCGUUCGCCGAGUGAUCAGGGCUAAGCUCCACUUUCACUGGCUAUGCGUAAUGAUGGCACGGUGUGUCGUCUACUUCUGGUUUUCUAGGAGCAAGCGCGCGAAUCGUCUCCAACCUCUCCGCCAGCUGCUUGGCAGUCGACCCCAAGCGAGAGCUAUCGAAGCAGCGUGCUUGCGAGCAUUCUGUCGCAGUGCCGAACCUGUCUGGUAUUCCGGUAACGACAGGCGAGCUGGGCAUUCGACAGAUGGUUGGAGGGAUAAACUCAAGUUGAUGAAGCAGAUUUAGUGUAGACGUACGUGAGUGGCCUGAUCGGUACGCACGGUCCAGCCACCUGUUGGCGCAGAGCUUGACCAGCCAAAGAAAGGGCUAAUAUUGCUCUAACCAAGUGUAAAACAUUUUAAACAUUUACAAAAAACAGCAUGCUAACGAUUACGCUCCUACGAUAAAUUUACACCAGCAGCAAAGAAUACACUUCAUUACUGCUACUGUGUUUAGUUGAUCUCUGUGCCACCAGGUGGCUGCACCAUGCAGAUCAUUCACGUUAGCGAUUCUGCUUAUCCUGUGAAACGGCACGGUCAAGCAGCCAGGCCCUGUCCCCUCGCUUGCGUUUACCCGAAUACCGAACUCGCGAAACUCUAUUGUGGUAGUAAUCCUCCGGUGUAAAGUGACGGCUGCAAACACGCAAAUCCUGGCACCGAUCGGAUAGCGACAGUCCGAUGUGCGCUGCAGCCACUCCGCUCAUCUGCUGCCUUGUAGUGGGACAUGAUGUCGCAGCUUGACAUAUUGCCAGUCGCUAUGUUUGCAGCCCACAAUGUAACAAAGGCGAUUCAUGGUGCUCACGAAAAGACAGACCGACACUGACCGCUGAGCUCUCGUCAAGACGAAGCACAUUGUAACACAAGGAGACGACACUUGCUGUGUGCUGGAAGUGCUUAAGUGUACUGAGAAAUUGUUACUGUUACUUUUUUCUUUAUGGAAAUAAAUUAACUAACAUUCCAACUAUUAUAAACAACAUUUGUUCACCAUAAAGUGGAAAGAUAAUCGAUGACGCGCCCUGGGCAGCCACUUGGAUAGCUCGCCAUACUGAUGUCAUUAGGCCAAUUUACGUCAAAUUGGUAGCAGCAGCUGAAAAUUCAGCCAAGAGUGCUGUGAUCGGCAGUGAUGUACAUUUUCAAAACCUUAUAUUAAAUUACACGCUUUAUGCAGAGCACUUGGAUGCGUCAGUUAAUGAUCAGAAGGACCUACUCUAACGACUCGGUAUGUUUCUACAAAAUUGUAAAAAUCGUUUCAGAAUCCCUUUAAGAAUUUAAAAUUUUAAUUAUACUUCAAAUUUACAGCUUGCCAGAUUGGCACUUAAGAUUCUUACUUUCUUUCAGCUGAUAAUGCAGUACUGGCAAUUUCACACUGCUGGCAGCUGUUACAGUUCACUGUACCUGUACUCAUAAGGAGCUCAAAUGCAUUGUUGGUUACCUUUUCAGCUUUCAUGCAUCAGCUGUUGGUUAUAUUGGCUAGCUUUGUAUUGACUAGCUUUGUGGGAAAUAGAUCACACAACCUUGCCUAUGUUCAUUUGCUUGAAUGUUUUAUUGACAGCAUCUGCAAUUGGUAUGCACCUUGUGCUGGCAGCAGUGGCUAGCCUUGAGCAGGGUAAAGCAUGCAAAUUUGCCUCUAUUUUGACACAUGCAUUUGCAUCUCUUGUCAUUCAGUUUUUUUCUGGUGAGCUAGACUGUUCCCUGUGGAAUGUGUGUUUGACAGUGUCAGCCCCUUCAUGCUUUUAGGUCAUUAUUUUAAAGCCCACUCUCCUCUUGAGGAAGAGUGUUCAUGUGAUAUUGGGGUUUUUUUUUUCUCUUUUUUAAAUGUUAAUGGGCAUACAUUAUAUCUCUCUGCUGCAUUUUUAUUCUCUAGUUCCAAGUAACUUCUGAGCUGUUCACUAAAAUGGUUCUGAUGGCUCAUCUGGGGGUGGCUUCUGAACUCACACUUUCUUGCCCAUUUUAUUCUGGAGGUUAUGCCUCAUAUGCUAAGUGUUUUAAUAGCAUUUUGUGUAUUCAAAUGUAGAGGGGCAGUUGCAUCUGGAAUGCAUGAUGCCUGUCUGCAGUGUAACACUGUGCCCUUGCGGAGAGCGUAGCUAAGCGGCUGCUGGUUUACAGUCGGAGUCUGUAUUGUGCGAAGAGCAAAUUAACUCAGCUUUGUGUAGUUUGCUCUGAAGAAGCUGUGAUAGAAACCAGUAUGGUUGCAUUUUUGAGAGUCGAGAUGUUACAAUUGUAUAGAGAAUGGCCAAGCAACCAGCAUGGUUGGGUGCUCUAUUCUGGUCUCCUGGACUGCUGGUUCAUGUAUGCCCUCAUUGCUCCUGCAGCUCCUGAGGUUGUUCUCAUGUGUUGUCAGAGGUCUGUAUGAGAUCAGGGUAGUUUCUAUGCAAAUUGAAUUGCCUAGCAAGCUCGCUAUUUAUUUUGCCCUGUUGGUCUGUGAGAGAGGAGUGUGAUCAUGAUGAUAAUGUAGAUAGUGCACUAUGUUCAUUAUUCCCCCCUUUUUUAUGUGUUCUUUCUUGUCUAAGCAGUGAUGUACAGCCUCCAUUGUUGGUGUUGCUACUUUUACGAGCUCAGUGAGCCUACUGUCUGUCCUCUCUUGUUUUUAUUAUAACUGUAAGGCAGCUAAAAUGAGAGUAUUCUACCAUGUUUCUUGCAGCCCCUGGAUAUCAAUAUGUGUCAGGCUCAACAUUCCAUAUAGUUUCUUUUUAAGAUGAAUCUCUUGACGAAUCUGUGGUUGCUGCAUUUCCCUCCCUCGUGUGUGGGUGGUCUCCUCUGAACAUGGUGUUUGGACAUAAUAGUGAACUUCCUCUCUGCCCAUGCUCCUUUUUUUAAAAUUCUGCUCUGAUGCUCUAUUCACUACUGAUCACCGGUUAUGUCAGACUAUUUAUUCUGGAAGUAUAUUUACGACUAUUUUGUUCUCAUAUAAAAAAAAAGUAUUGCGUUGUCUUGUAAUAAAUGCUUUCAGAGAA